AUGGCUUCAUAUUUUGACGAACACAACUGCGAGCCUUUGGAAGCUGGCCAACAGCCGAAUCAUCAUCUUCAUUUAGCUCGUUUAUUGCUGGACAGUGGAGUUGGUGCAGAGCUAGAGCUUGAAUUUGGCCGCAUAUUUGGUGGUGUGGAUGGUCGAAAGCAGCCACCGGCUGCUAAACAUGUAAUUGACGGUUUAAAAUCAACAAAUAAAUUUAAUGCUGAUGAAAAAUGCGCUGUUUGUUUGAAAGAAUUUGAUUUAAAUGGAACCAAAGAAUUACCUUGUCGUCAUAAGUUUUGCACGGAUUGCAUCGUUCGAUGGCUCAAAUUAGUUAAUUCAUGUCCAAUGUGUCGAGUUGAAUUACCAACGGAUGAUCACGAUUAUGAAGAGUAUAAAAAACAAAAAGAGCGAGUAAAGGAAAGACAAGUUGCAUUGGAUGAGUUACACAAUUCCAUGUUCUCUUGA